CCGGAAAGUUUUCGCGGCUGAAGCUUGAUGUGUAAAUUCGAGUUACAGUUGCAUCGGAUAUUUGGUCUUAACCGACGUUUCGGCAAACAUUGCUGUUGCCAUUUUCGAGGUGGGUAGGUGUGGUCAUUUCAGAGGGCCUUGUGUAGGGCAGGCAGUGGGUGCGAGAUGAAUUUGCUGGUGCAGACUCGCGGAGCAGAAAAGACGGCUGCUAGCGACAUCGUCUUCUCUGUUCUCCACCUAAUCUUAAGUGUUUACUACUUUGGGCAUUUUCCGCAUAGAUGCAGCACCAUACAGUGCAGUGGCAUCCCUGGCUCAAUAUUUAGAACGCCUUCUCUAAUAUUUCUUUACUAUAACCAGUAAUAUUUAGCUGCGCUGCGGUUACAUUAUAGGCGAUUAAAUCAUGGAGUCGAUAACUCGCUACGAUUCGUGAUGUAUGCGUAUAUGGUUGUUAAGCACAUAGGAAACGGUACUGCGUGCAAUGGAACGAAGCUGGCGUCGGUGUCGUCUAGGUUAUCGAUUCGAUAAAUAUAUGCUAUAUCUGUUUUGCUGAGUAUGAUACAAAAGAGAGAUGUCAAUGAUACUUUAGUUAAAAUGCAGAACAAAUUAUAAUCAUGCAACAAAAAUAGCUAAGGCUGGAAUGAUUCACAUUCCUGCAAAUGAGACAGGCACUUGGAAUGGAUACAACAAGAAGUCACCCUUUUCUUUUUGUGCUGAUAUCUUUAAACGUAAGAAACCCCAUGAUGACCAGACUAAUGUAGAAUUUGAAGAUCCUUCUUUUAUUGGUGAUAUGGAUAGAUCAUCUGAACAUCACACAUCUGUGCCAACAUAUGGGUAUGGGGCAGUUCCAAGAGUUCCUUCUACGCUCUCAGUAACAGCAGUGGACAUCAUGGUGCAGGCACCCUGUUGUCCACCUUCCCCCGCCAUAUCUAAUCUCACCCUCACCCCAGGACGCACGCGUGAUAUUGACCAGGAUAUGGAAGCUUUACGGCUUUCUCGUCAGGAUAAUCCAUUCCUCCAGGUUCUGGCCAGUAGAGAAAGCUUGGUUGACAGUCUGGAGGAAUCAGAGUCAGACGAUGCUAACCUCAUGUGUCAGGAGUUUCCUGCAGAUCUUGAUGUGGAUCCUCUUACAUUACCAGAGAUCCACAAACAUAUGAUCCGCAGUCCACCACCAACCACAUGGCCAAAGUCACCAAACUUCAAGGUAUUCCGCUUCCCCAUGCAGUCAAGUGAUGAUGUUAGCCAGGAAAGUUUGCAUCGGUGCAACAAAAAAUCUCCGUCGAGGAUUGUUUCUCCAAGGCAUUCUUGCGUGAAUCUGGAUGAGGAGUCUGCUGAGGCAUUGGGUUCUGCAUCCAGUCAGCCUGCUACUUGUUCCAGACUAAUCUCCCCUCGUCCACAUCAUCGCCCCACCAGUGACUGUAGAGAUCGGAGUUCCAACCCUUUCUCCCUGCUCAAUCCGGAUGUCCGCCGUUUGCAUACUGAUGUUGCUGAUGAUAAUGUUCUUUUGGUGUCUUCAAAGAGUGAUGAACACCAGGAACAGAGACGCUUUGAGUUAAAAACUCCGCCACCGAGAUUACCGCUGCUGUCUAGUAAGAGGGCAUAAUCAUUCAGUUGUUAUAUAACAAUGUCUAACAAGUUGUGAGGUAAGCUGUCCUGUGUCCUGUGAUUCAGGGUGAAGUGAACCUUCCUAGUCAUAUUAUUACCCAUCCAGUUCCGAGUCUUUCCGAAAGUCAGAUGGACUUUUUUUUAGUAAGUAUUUGAAGAACAGACUGAAGCAUAUAUUUUCUUAAGAAGGCAUGUGAUUUGCCACUUAAGGAUAUGUUGUUGUGGAGAAAGAGGGGUGAAGGAAGUUGAACGAUGUUCUGAUACCUUCCAAUUUUCAUUAAAAACCUGAAACUAAAAAUGAGGGCUUUGUUCUCAGAGAAUAAAAUAUGUUGAUCAUAUGAAAAGUUAAGGUUACUCAUAAAUUAUUAUUUUUAAUCAGGGCUGGCCCAACUAUUUUGCUGCUGUACAGAAAUGUUGAUUCGCUGUUCCCUCCCACCUGCAAAGUACACAUGUAACCCUUUCUAGAUGUAUUUUUCCCUGGUCAUGAAAACUUUUAAGCACGUCUCAUAAUACAUGCAUUUAGGCAUUUACUCGCUGUAUUGUGUUUGUUUAUUGGUAAACUUGUAGAAUGCGUUGUCACAAAAUUUAGUAUUUGAUUUUUUUGCCAUAAUUGUUGUACAGUUAAAGUGAUCACUUAUAUAUAGAAACAUCACCCAUAUCUUGCAAAAUAUAUUUCAUGUAAAUAAAUAUUUUAAGCAGCUCAGUAAUUUAA